AAAUUGCAUGCUGCAUGCUUAAACAUGGGCAAAAGAAAUAAUCUGAAAAGGCGUAAAAUGACCAAAACCACAAAGCCUUCUAAAAAGGCUGCCGUAGAGGAUGUAUUUGAAAGCCCAAGUGAGGACAAGGAUUUGAAGUCUGAGCCCCCUGUGGACCUCUCGGAAGACAGUCGGGAUAGCCUGCAUUCUGAGGACUCUGGGAAGGCUGUACGUAUAGUGACCUUAGAACCUGAGGAUCUGUGCUUCCGCUCUAAGUACAUCACAGACAAACUGGCCCACAUCUUCAUGGACACGGACAGUGAUGAAGAGUUUGAGGGGUUUGCCAAUGACGAGAAGACUUCACACAGGGGCCGGAAGAGAACAAAGUCGUUGGACUCUGAAGAGGACAGCGAAGAGGACACCGGCUUUUAUUCCGAGGGCGAGGGGGCUGUGCCCCCCAGGAGGCAGAGUUCCGGGCUGUGUGUGGCGUUUCGUUUCCCUGUCAAGAAGAACUCUUCCCUGAAAACCCAGGCGGCCGCGAUCAAGCCCCAAAACGGCAAACCUGCCGUAGAGAGGAGCAGAGCCCCUGGGGGGCGGCAGACACGACAGAGGGCCACAGUCCAGCCGCCUAGUAGACCACAAAGGGCUGUGGUCACAGCAAAGUGGCGAGGUAAGGAGCUGUCAGAUGAAGAGGAGGAGGAGGAGGAGGAGGAGGAGGAGAAGGUGGAUGAUGAUGAAGCAGAGGAGAUGCCUGAAGCGGAGACCCAGGCCCUCAGCAAGCGAGCCAGGAAUAUCCAGGAGAACAAAGCCAUGCUGGCAAAACUCUUUGCUGACCUGAAUGCCAUGGAGCAGAUCUCCCCUCUGACCACUCCAAAAAAGAAGAAAUCGCACCAGAAGAAAUCCGUGUCUGAGGCCCAGGGCGAGAGACGGAACCCGUCGCGGAAGGCCCGUCCUCGCGAUCACUUCGGCAUCGAGGAGGACCUCCCGAAACUUGUCAAGCAGUUCACGUUAAAGAAGGAAGACCUGCGCAGGCUAGUGGAGAAGGUCGACUCCGAGUCUCAUGGUGGGAAGCAAAAGCGACGCUCCAAGAUGAACCGUUCCUACCUGCCCGUGGAGGACAUCACCGAGGACGACCUGACCAACGUAGCUGACCGUGCAAGCGACAAGAUCCUCGACAAAGAGAAUGGCAGCACAUGUCAUCAGUGCAGACAGAAGACCCUGGACACCAAGACCGUGUGCAGGAGCCCUGACUGUGUAGGGGUCAAAGGUCAGUUCUGUGGGCCCUGUCUCAGGAACCGCUACGGAGAAGAUGUCCGCACAGCACUCCUGGAUCCUGAGUGGGAGUGCCCCAUCUGUAGGGGCAUGUGCAACUGCAGCCUGUGCCGCAAGCGGGAUGGGCGCUGUGCUACCGGGGCCCUCACCCGCCUGGCCAAACACUACGGCCACGGCAGCGUCAGGGACUACCUGGACAGCCUCCAGAAGCAGCUGUCAUGAAUGCACUUUUCACCUGCAGAGGGCGCUCUUUCCCCAGGACCCCGGCCAGAUGAGGGCCUCUCUCUGUUUUACGCCCCACACAAAGCCAGUCCGCACAGAGCAGGUUUUUAGUGGUGGGCCUGAAAUUUUAGCCGUUUUUUAAAGUUUUUUUAAACUUAAAUAUUACACUUUAACAUAACUUGAACAUAAUUGUUCGUUCUCACCGUUAAUGUUUUUAAUUGUAGACACAGGAAUAUAAUUCCAUUAGAUUUUAAACAUUAUAAAAACUUUCAGUACAUAAGCACAACAACGGUAUCAAUAGUUUGUAAAUGAUGUGAAUGUUAUGAUGUCACAAAAGGAAAUAUAUGUAUACAGUUUGUUUGUUUGUUUGUUUUUCAUUUGUUACUUAACCCCCCCCCCUCUUCCCCCAAAUAUUCCAUGUAUGUUUGGUAUGGCCGUGUUCUCCGUUACCACCAGAAGUCUUUAUAAUCAAUAAAGAUGUAGCCCAGUCUUUUAA